CAAAAGAUGGCGGCUGAGGCUCACUCUCCGAAAUUUAGUUUUGCAACUGUUAAUGAUUUAUUAGACACUGAACGGUCUCAAUCUCGAGAUACGAGUUUGCAAGAUAACAAGAUAGAUGUUUAUAACAAGGUCUAUUUGGAAUUCAUUGCAAGGACGAAUGAAGUCGAAAAGAAACACAGCUCGUCGUCUUCAUCAGCUGAGAACACACACUCCACGACACAUCAGUCCAAAACGACAAAAGAUGACACAAAAGAUGAAGAUGAAUGCAUUUGGACCAACAAGGAGCUAAGAAUACUUCGUAAGUGCUUCCAGAGAUUGAAGUUACAAAAUAUAGCUUUAGUUAGAAGGGUAGAUUCUUUGCAAGAAGAGCUUUUGGAAUGUAAAAGGGAGAAACAAAUGGCCAGAGUUGCAUUGACUUCUUUAAAAGAAAAGUGGUUUGAGUUGAAAAAGCGGUACAGACGCAUCAAGAUAAGCUGUAAAUCUAUGAAAGAAGACUUGAUAAUGCAUCAUACAGCUUUGAAGUCCACUGGUGAGGAGUUAAAAAACUUGAAGACUGAAAAAUACUUGCUUUUGAAUGAUUUGAAGGAGGUCAAAACAAAGCUGGACUUGGAAACAAUUAAGAGCAAAGACCUUGAAGCAAAACUUGAGGAAAACGAGAGACAAAAUAUGGAGACUUUGCAGCAUUGUGCUUUUGUUACAAAACAGCAGUGCAAACUUGAUGAAACUCUGCUAAGAAAAGAAAUAUUUCAGUUAAAAGAGGAACUGAGAAAAGAAAAACAAGAAAACAGGUUGAAUAAAAAUGCUCUGGAAAAUCUUAGGAAUCAUUUUGCUAAUGUUAAGCUUAAUGAGCAAAGUUACUGUGAUUCACAUGACAUAUUAUCUGCUGCAGAAAUAGAUUUUACUUAGCAUUUUACAUGUUAUUUUUUGGGUUAAAUUUUAUCGACUGUAUUAAAGAAAACAGAUACAAAAACAGCCCUCUUGAGAGUGCAGUUCCAUGAUUUUUAACAACAUUGCCAGAGUUUAUAGGAAUUAAGCAUGGCAGUAGUGCACUCACCUCUUACCUCUGGGAUCUCAGGUUUGAUUCCUGUGCUGGGCAUCACUUGUGAGUAGAGAUUGCUAGGUUUCUCCCUUGGUUGAAGGUUUUUUCUCCAGGUUCUCCUGUACUCCCUUGCCUUGCAAACCCUGACAAGUAAAAUUCAUGUGUGCUGACUGUGCUCUGUCUAAAGUGCAGUAAUACAGACAGCAAAAUCAUACAACUUGUAACACAAAAUUGUUGAGUUGCAAGUUGCAGAGCAAAUGUUGCUUAUAUUACCAUUCUGUGUGCCACAAUUUUUCAUUGUUGCAAAGAGUAGAGAGUUCUUCUUCAAUCAAAGAUGAAGAAAUAAAAAAUGUGCAUGCGUCCUAUGUACAGUUAUAAAACAUGCAGUGGUUUGCAAAACAUGAGAGGUGUUAGGAGAAGCAGGACCUAUAGUGGAGAAAGCAAGCAAGCAAUUUUUUAUUUCUUUUAUAAAAUACAAAUUAUAAAAACCAUAAUUUUAGAUGGGAAUGACACAACUGAAAGUGUGCUUAUGUGCUUAGUGCUAUCAUAAAGCACGCACUUCCAACCAAUCAGAACGAGAGAUUUAUAACAGUUAUUUUAUACGGAAAAGUUGUUGUAUGCAAGGAGUGGCAUUAAGAGCAACAUUUGCUCUACAAGUUGUAAUGCAAAAAUGUUGCAGGACAAGUUGCACGAAUCAGCCCAGAAAAUGUUCUGUUUUAUGCAUAGAAAAGUAUAGCCUUCAUUAAUAGCUAAGAAAAAAAAACUGUUUUUCUAUUUCAAAUUUCAAGAAACUAGAAAUCAAUGCCCAGUGUUGUCAAUCAUUUUCUCAGGGUUAACUAUGGGUUACCUGUGGAAUAACACAAGUAAAGACUAAUUAUAUUCUUGCCCAAAAUUUUCAAAAUUAAAAAUCUAAAUGAAAC